GAACAAAACGGCUUGAUAUCGCCUGCAUAAUCGCACGUCUCCCUCUCUAAUACGGAUCGCACGCGUACGGACCACACACCCUACGAGGCGGACGGGGGCGUGGGUGUGUGUGUGUUUCAGUGGCUUUUUCGCUUCCUGGAACGAGGGGCGGGGAACGACCUUACCUACCUAUUGUGCCUAGAUAUCUACGACGUCGGAAGUACUCUACGCCAUAUCUGGUUGUUGGUCUCUUUGCCUGAAUUGUCCCCCCCCCCCCCCCCCGGUCGUUAUCUGGGCAGCUAUUCCGCCGGCUCGAGCACGGGCACGCCUUGGUUGCCGGCCUGGGUUUGGUUGUGUUGCGGCCAAGAUGGAUGUGGCUGCGAAGGGUGAUAUCGCUGCUGAGAGUGCCAUUCCAGGGGGGUUGACGACCGGUUGUCGACUACCACAGCAUCAUUCGGCUACCUCAUUUUGCAGCUUCCCGAACGCGUAUGGGAGGGUGAGAGAAGCAGAGAAGAAUUUUUUUUGGGGGGGAAGCAUGUCUUCGUCGAGGACUCGCCAUGGAGCCUUGCUACGGUUGCAAUAUUAUCAACAACGGAACCGCCAGUCCGUUCGGCUAUAAAGGGGGGGCCACGCCCUCUGGAGAGGAAGAGAACCAAGAGAGCGCCACCGGCAGGCGGAUCGCGCAGACAUCAAGCUACCAAACCAGAGACGGCCCCUCGUGUCCUACACCUCCAAGAUGAAGUCCUCCGCGGCCAUUUCCCUGUUCGCCUUCGUGGCCAGCGCUCUCUCGAUCAACGUGGCUAAGCGCGACUCUCCCCUGGACGUCAAGCUGGAGAUGGUUGGCAAUACUGCUGUCAAGGCUAGCAUUACUAACACUGGUGCUACGGAUCUCAAGAUCUUCAAGACCGGCACCUUGCUGGAUAACUCCCCCACCGAGAAGAUCGAUAUCUACCAGGAUGGCAACCAGGUUCCGUUCGAGGGUAUCCGCCUCCGCGUCUUGACUACGGGCCUCGAUGAAGACGCGUUCCAGACCAUCGCGGCAGGCGAGACUGUCGAUGCCACGUUCGACGUCGGGCAGGCGUACGACCUGAGCGCCGGCGGCACGUACGAACUCGUGUCGGUGGGCACGGUGUCGUACGCGGAGGUGAACUCGACGGAGCUGGCGGGCGCGGUCGCGGUGAACGGCGGCGUGGUGACGGCGCAGGUGGACGGGCCGGCGGCGAGCGCGGUACGGCGACGGUUCCACGCGAAGCGCAUCGCGGUGCAGUCGGACUGCACGGGGACUAGGCGGACGGCGACGACCACGGCGAUCUCCAACUGCCGGUCGCUCGCCGCGGCGGCGCAGACGGCGGCGUCGUCGGGCGCGGCCGCCAAGCUCACCGAGUACUUCAAGUCGAGCACGACGGCGACGCGCAGCACCGUGGCCGGCGUGUUCCAGCGCGUCGCCAGCGAGUGCGGCACCACUACCGCGGGCGUCUCCGACCUCUACUGCUCGGACGUGUACAGCGCGUGCUCGAGCGGCGUCCUCGCCUACACCCUGCCCUCGGCCUCCUUCAUGGUCAACUGCAACCUCUACUACACCGCGCUCUCUGCCCUCACCCGCACCUGUCACGGCCAGGACCAGGCCACCACCACCCUCCACGAGGCCACCCACCUCACCCAGAUCAAGGGCACCAGUGACUACAGCACCUACGGCUACAACGGCGUCCGCGGCCUCACCGCUGCCCAGAACCUCAACCAUGCCGACACUUACACCCUCUUCGCCAACGCUAUCUACGUUGGGUGUUAAGUAUGAUAGAGCUUUCCUUGCUGGUCCCCCUCCUCCCACAGCAAGGAGAUAAGGGAAUAGAAGGGGAGAGGAACUGAACAUAGGUUUCCUUUUUUUUUUUUUGCUUCUCCUUUGACGUAGUAACAGUCUCACUUGGGGGGACAAGGAAAAAGAAGGAAAGACAGAAAAAGCUAGGGGAAAUUCAGAGAGAGAACAAAGUCGAAAUAAGAGAAAAAGUGUGGAGAGAGCAAGAAAUUUCAUGUAGGUAUUGUCGAUAGUGCUUCAACAAACAAUUUUGAUAGUGGAUAAUAAGCCAAAAGAGGACGGAAAAGUCCGAGUGAGGCGAAGCUAGGGGGGUCUCUUUAGGCCUGAUUUUGUGAUUGU